UCUACCUUGUUUUCUAAUGGAUUCCAAGAUUCUUCCUCCGGAGAGCGGCACAAUAAAAACCCACGCCCUGAGUUGCUACCAAAGUUGGGAUUGGAAUCGAAGCCCAAUCAAUAUACCGACGAUUCAUCUGUGGUCGCCGGAGCAGGUGGAGGAGCUCAUAAAAUGGUGGGAGAACCGCCGCCGCCCCCGCCGGCGGCAGCGAGCUGCGUAGAAAGCACACGGGGGAGAAGGAAGACGUCGUCGAGGGGCCACCACAGAUUCGUCGGCGUGCGGCAGCGGCCAUCGGGGAGAUGGGUGGCGGAGAUCAAGGACUCCCUCCAGAAGGUCAGACUCUGGCUCGGAACGUUCGACACCGCCGAAGACGCCGCCCGCGCAUACGACGACGCCGCUCGUGCUCUCCGAGGAGUCAACGCCCGCACCAACUUCGAGCUGCCGCAAUCCGCCGCCGUCGCCGGCCGCGGUGGCGGCUUUGUUCCGGAAAGCGCCGAGCCCUUUUCCUUCGAGGACGAGUGUAGCGCCACGGAUGAGGCCGAUGGCUUACGAGGCGCUCUCAGAGCCAAGCUUUUUGAUGUUAAAGACUUGCGCUUGGCCAAUCCCUUGCUCAUUCGGCCCAGCUUCGCCACCGCGGUCGCCUCUACCCGUCAGAACAACAUGAAUACUACUGUCAAUGCCAGAGAGUUAUCGUCGUCGUCUUCGUCGACAUCGCCGCCAUCUACAACAUCUAAUAUUGAUCCUAAUCACAACCAUAAUUAUAAUCAGCAUCAUUUGGGCGUUGGGUCCUCCGGCGACUGUCAGGCCGGGAUGCAGUGGCAUAGCCACGGCCAUGCAGGAUCUCCGUCGACAGUGAUGUGGCCGGCAGAGCCAGCUCAGGAGGUCCCAUCUUGGGGCGGAUUGCUGCCGGCGAACCUCGGCCGGGAGGAUAACAGCCUGUUCAAUGCUACUGUUAUUACCGGAGGGGGAACAGGGUGGCCGGUGCCGGCGACAGGUCCAGGAACAUAUCAAGCAACGCCGGAUUUGUCUUACAGUGGGAGCGGCGGCGGCUUCCUCGUACAGCUGCAAAAUCCUAAGAACGGAACAGAAACAGCAACAGUGAGCAUGCCAGUAGCAGCGAACGGAGGAGGUGGUAGCGGCGGUUGGGCCAGCCCAUCGUUGGAUCAAGAAAUUGUUCAUUGUGAUAACGGCAACUGGGGAGCCGGCGCCGCGAAUUCCUAUUGGGAUCCGCUUCUCUUUGUAUCCUCUGUGCUGGGGUAGCAAGCGAGACGUAAUUCGAUGUAAUAUGGUUUCGCAUUGACAAACAUGAUUGUCGCUAAUUCCAUUCUUUAUUUGUUUAUGCUCCCCUUCACGCGAGCUAUAAUAUAUCUGACUAAUUAAUAAGUGAUCUCGCUUUAAUAUGUUUGUUAUGCCAAUAAUAAGUUUAAAUUUAGUCAUAAAUUAAGUGUAAAAU